CAUACAACUGACCACUUAAAAAUCCCAACUGAUUUUUCCAAAAUGCAUAAACCAAUAGAGACACAGAGAAAGAGAAGAGAUGCUGAGUAAUUGUUGCAGAGCUUCUCUUUCCAUUACAAUUGCUUCAACUCUUAAAUCCCCUAAUAACUUCCCUAAAUCUCUAUUUCUAGGGCAAAAGAAAACUUCUUUAUUCUUAAACCCUAUUUUCAAGAAAUGGAAUAAUUCUAGGAUGGAGUUUUCUACUUCAAUUUCUACUUCUAAGCUGACGAUCAAAGCUUCUUCAGCUGAAGCCCUCAAAAAUGCUAAUGAAUUGAUUGAUUCCGUCGAAACUUUUAUUUUCGAUUGCGAUGGUGUUAUAUGGAAAGGAGAUAGUUUGAUUGAUGGAGUACCUGAAACUUUGGACAUGCUUCGCGCAAAGGGAAAGAGAUUAAUUUUUGUCACAAACAACUCGACAAAGUCCCGAAAACAGUACGGGAAGAAGUUCGAGACACUUGGUCUUAGUGUCAAUGAGGAGGAGAUAUUUGCAUCAUCGUUUGCUGCGGCUGCUUAUUUGAAGUCCAUCGAUUUCCCCAAAGACAAAAAGGUUUACGUAGUUGGUGAGGAGGGCAUUUUAAAGGAAUUAGAUCUUGCUGAGUACCAACAUCUUGGUGGACAGGAAGAUGGUGGGAAAAAGAUAGAGUUAAAACCUGGUUUUCUCAUGGAGCACGACGAAAGUGUUGGUGCUGUUGUUGUAGGAUUUGAUCGCAACUUUAACUACUACAAAGUUCAGUAUGCAACCCUCUGUAUACGUGAAAAUCCAGGUUGCCUUUUCAUUGCUACAAACCGUGAUGCUGUGACUCAUCUGACUGAUGCUCAAGAAUGGGCAGGUGGUGGUUCUAUGGUUGGUGCUUUAGUCGGAUCAACUCAGCGUGAGCCUAUUGUUGUAGGAAAGCCCUCAACUUUUAUGAUGGACUACGUAUCAAAAGAGUUUGGUAUUGAGAAGUCACAAAUUUGCAUGGUUGGGGAUAGAUUGGACACCGACAUAUUGUUUGGACAAAAUGGUGGCUGUAAAACCCUUCUGGUUCUUUCAGGUGUAACUUCCUUGCCCAUGCUUCAAAGUCCAAGCAACUCCAUCAAACCAGACUUCUAUACCAACAAGAUUUCAGAUCUCCUUUCACUCAGCGCCGCAACUGUUUAAUCACAUCCAAGAUUGUAAAUCAUUUUUCUCAGUCGGGGUUCAUCCAUUGCCAAAAUGUUCUCAUUAAUUUACGAGAUCGAUCAGUACAAGAAAACACAUUGUUUCACAGUUCUUUCGAUAAUGAUCAACUGUUGUUAAAGUGGUAUAUGUAACAAUAAUAAUGCUACCAAUAUAAAAAGUUUCUUCCCUUUCUGACAA